AUUUCUCAACUGCAGACCAUAGUGUGCUUUCCACAUUUAGGAGGCGUAUUCGAGCUCGGGGCAACUGAACUAGUUCAAGAAGAUCCGAAUCUGAUCCAGCAUAUAAAAUCCUCGUUCCUCGACAGUCCUUCCGGAAGUUUCUCAAACGUUCCUAAUUACCUCCCCAACAAUAUCACCACAAACAACGAUGAACUCGAAUUCGCAGACAAUCUCAAUCAGCUUUUGGAUUGUCCGAACAUGGACAUUUGUACCCCCGAGAACUUUUCGGACGAUUUUGCAGAUAAUCUACUAAGGGAGGAGGAGUCGAAUUUAUUAGAAGGGGACGAUGACAUCAGCAAUUAUCCGAACAACAAUAACUCAACAAACUCGAGCGACUGUAUAUCUCAAACUCACGAAGAUCAUGUUACGGUUGUCAAGAAUCAAGAAUCUUUGCAAGGGAAUGAUGAUGUUCAUUACGAGAGUGUGCUUUCGAAUUUUUUGAAGACUUCCCAUCACUUGAUUUUCGGUCCGUAUUUAAAAAACGGGUGUAGGGAAUCGAGCUUUGUUUGUUGGAGGAAAAAUGGGUUAGUGGGUUCGAACGUAAUUAAUCAGAGUGGGAGUAUUCAACAGAAGUUGCUAAAAAAGGUACUAUUCGAAGUCGGUAAAAUGCAUGGGAAUGAUCGUAAAAACGAAAACGGCAAUUCUAGACAAGAAACAGAUGAAAACGAUAGGAACCAUGUCUUGUCUGAAAGAAAACGAAGGGAAAAAAUUAACGAGAGGUUCACGAUUCUUGGAUCACUAGUCCCGUCAGGUGGCAAGGUCGACAAAAUAUCGGUACUCGAUAAUACAAUAGAGUACUUGAGAGAGCUCGAGAGAAAAGUCGAAGAGCUAGAGUCGACAAUGCAGAGCAAACCUCACGAUAGAGUGGAAAGGACUUCGGACAAUUACGGCCCCCAUAAAACCGGCAAUAUUACGAAGAAGCCAUUGGCCAAUAAGAGGAAGGCUUGUGAAAUCGAGAAAGUGGGACCCGAUAAUAUAAGUGUCACCGUUUCGGAUAAGGAUGUUUCGAUCGAGUUGAGGUGUUGCGAGAAGGAAGGAGUGUUGCUACAAGUGAUGGAAGCUAUACGGAAACUGCGUAUGGAUACGCAAAACGUGCAGUCUUCGAAUGGUGACGGAAUUCUUUCUGUCACUAUAAAAGCCAAGUGCAAAGGAUUGAAAGGUGCAUCAGCAGGGGUGAUCACACAAGCUCUUCAGAAAAUUAUACGAAAAUAUUGAAGAUUUUGUGUGUUCUCUUUUAAUGUAAUAUAUAGAUAUAUAUAUGUAUUUAUUUGAGUAACAUAAAACAUCUAACUGCAGGGAAUUAAUUCCCUCUAUUUUUAGGAUAAGCCAUUUUGUUGAUAUAUCGAAACGAAAAUCAAAAUCAAAA